GAUAAACAAACGAAAAUCACAUCCAAUGCAUAACAACAGAGAGCUAUGGAGCCAAGCCCGCGAAUAAGCCCCGCUCUGACGCUGGAGCUGCUGCGGGCGCCACCCGCCGCCAUUCCGCGGUCCGACCCGCUGCUGUUCGGUCGGGAGGUGCUGGCGGAGGCAUGGCGGGCCCAGCAGCAGCCGCACCAGGGCCGGCCGCAGACAGCCUGUGCAGCGGAAACGGCUGAUGCUGGGGCGGGCGGCGAUGUAGCUGGGGCAGCAGCAUCAGGGGCAGCAUCAGGGGCAGCAGCAGCAGCAGCAGCAGCAAGGGUGGCAGCAGGAGCCGGUGUAGCAGUAGCAGCAGCAUGCAGCUAUGGUGACAGCGCAGGCGCCAGCGGGCGCGGCAGCGGCAGCCCCGGCGGCGGCUGCGGCAGCUGCGGCCCAGGCCCCGGCGGCUCCGGCGGCCCCGGCUGUGCCCCCAGCAGUGGCGGCUACCGGCGGCUGCCGACCGUCCACGCCGCCGACCUGAGCUAUGACGACUUCGUGCGCCGCUACCUGGCCGCCAAUGUGCCCGUGGUCAUAAGGGGUGUGACGGACGGCUGGAAGGCCAGUGCCGUGUUCCGGGAGCCGGCGGCGGCAGCUGGCAGUGGUGGUGGCGGCGGCGGCGGCGGCGGUGGCGAGCGGCUGGCUCUGGGGGCGCUGGAGGCGGUGGCGGGGCAGUGCACCGUGGCAGUCACCGACACCGGGUGUCUGGACGACGGCUGCGGCGAGGUGCGCGCUAUGGCCCUGUCCGACUACCUGGCCUGGUGGCGACACCACAAGCAGGAGCAGCAGCAGCGGGGGGAGCACCAACAGCAGUUGGCGGAGCAGCAGCAUCGGGGGAAGCAGCAACAGCAACAGCAACAGCGAGGGGCGGACCAGAGCCUCCAACUGCGGCAGUCUGGCGGCGGCACUUGCACCACCCCCACCCCCAUCAGCACCUCCGGCCAGGCUGCGGCCCGCCCCCGCGGCCUGCUGUACCUCAAGGACUGGCACUUCACAGCCGACCUGCCCGCCUUCCGCCCCUACAGCCUCCCAGACUACUUCGCGGAGGACUGGCUCAACGCCUACUACGACGCACUGGCGGCGGAGGCGGGGGCGGCGAAUGCGGGGGCGGGGAAGGCGGGGGCAGGGGCAGCGGAGGCGGGGGACGCAGAGGCGGGGGCAGGGGCAGCGGAGGCGGCGGCGGCGGAGGCAUCAGGGGCGACGGAGGCGGGGGCAGAGGCAGCGGAUUCCACAUUCGGGCCCGCCGCCGCUGCCUCCGCCCGCUCCUCCUCCUGCUCCUCCGCCCCCUCCUCCUCCUCCUCCCCGGCCACUGUGACGUCCGACUACCGGUUCUGCUACCUGGGCCCCGCCGGCAGCUGGAGCCCGCUGCACAGCGACGUGCUGCGCAGCCACUCCUGGUCCGCCAACGUGUGCGGCCGCAAGCGCUGGCUGCUGGUGCCGCCACAGCACACACACCUGCUCUACGACUACAGGGCCGGGACGGCGGGGGAGCAGCAGCAGCAGCAGCCGGAGGGGGCGGGGGUGACGGAGGCGGGCGGGAGCGGGAGUGGUGCAGGGGGUGCAGGAGGUGGAGGGGGUGGAGGGUGUGGCGGUGGCGGCACUCGCCUGGCGCCGCACCUGGAGCUGUGGCGGGUGCCCACCCGCCUGCGUGAGGCGGACUUCCCCGGACUGGCGGCGGCGCGGGCGGUGGCGUACGAGCUGAUACAGGAGACGGGUGACGCGGUGUUUGUGCCCAGCGGCUGGCACCACUGCGUGGAGAACACCGCCGACACGCUGUCCUUCAACCACAACUGGCUCAACGCCCACAACGCCCACUGGACCUGGGCGCUGCUGCGGAGGGGGCACGCCGACGCCGCGGCGGCGCUGGAGGACUGCAGGCCCCUGACGCAGGCGGACGAGUUCGAGGGGCUGGUGCAGCGCGCGCUGGCUGCCAACGCCGGACUGGACUGGGCGGGGUGGGUGGAGCUGGUGGGGGUGGCGGCCAGGCCGGCGGCGGAGGCCCUGGAGGCGGCGGCGGCGAGUAAGGAGGCGGAGAAGGAGGAGACGGAGAAGGAGGAGAAGAGGCAGGAGGGGCAGCGGAAGGAGGAGGCGGCGGGGGCGGUGGAGGCGGAGGUGAUGACGGCGCUGGUGGUGCUGCACCGAGCAGGUCUGCUGCUGCGCGACCUGCUGGCGGCCUUCCAGGAGCAGGUGGCGGCGCCGGCGGAGCGGCACACGCGCCGGCGGCGGCAGCAGCGGGAGCGGCAGCGGGAGCAGCAGCAGCAGCAGGAGGCGGCGGCGGCGGCAGAGCGGCGGCGGAGGGCGGCCCACAAGGCGGGGACGCCACGGGCGGGGACGCAGAGGGCGACGGAUGCUGUCGCUGCUUGCCCAGCCGGUGGUUUUAGUGGGGGCGAUGGGGAAGCAGGCCCCGACUCGCAGGAGCAGGAGGAAGAGCAGGCGGAGGAGGAAGCGCUGCAGCGUCUUCGCGACGCGCCGUAUCUGAAGCAGGCGGAGGACUUGUUGCGACGGUCGGAGGCCGCGCUGGCUUCGCGCGGCUUCGCGCUGUGAAGGCAGAUGACCAGAGGCGAGCUUGCGGCGCCUGCGUGGCGGUGCGAGUGCCGCUUCGACUGACGCGAGCGGCAGUGGCGCUUCGGCAGCUUUCCGUUCAGCGGCAGUGAAAGCGCCAAAGCGGGCCCAGAAAUGGUUUUGGCU